AUGCGGGAGUCACAACAACUUGCGGGAUCUAUAAGCGAACAAGCAGAUCAACCACAACAGCGAGUGUACCAUGACCUUACGCCAGUGUGUCAAAAACCGCGACAUAUAGAACAGAUCCCUAGCGUCGAUGUCCUGGAGGAAGCGGCCUUGGCCUUCAACUAUGUUCCAGGCCGUAAUGUUCUUGGUGCUGAGGUUGCCGAAGUUGAGGAGCUCGGCGAGAACGAGGGAGUUAUGGCUAUCUACAACAAAGUCGUGCCCACAUUGAGACUUGAGCUGUGGAACAAUCGCCGCGCCGCUGGGGCGGAAAACUAUCGACGCUUUGAAUAA